AUGUUCAUGGACAACUUACAGUCCCGCGUGCUGGUCGCGUCCCAGACCCUCAACGACUUGACCGGCUACUCAGCCAUUGACGCAAUCAAGGCUGCCAAUGCGAAGCUCGAGGCGGAGCUGGCGACUGCGCAGACCACGCUCCGGACCGCGCGGCAGACCUACAAGUCAGUCAACACACAGCGCUCUUCGACGCAGCGCGAGGUGACGGCCCUUCUGGCGCGCAAAGACACCUGGUCGCCCACAGACCUGGAGCGGUUCACCACCCUGUAUCGGUUAGACCACGAGCUGGACGGCAAGGUGGCGGAGGCAGCGGCCGCGCUGACGGAGGCCGAGGCGGACGAGACGCGGCUCUCGCAGGCGCUCAAUGCGGGCAUAUUGCGGCGGUACCACGAGGAGCAGGUGUGGAGCGAUAGGAUCCGGCGGCAGAGCACAUGGGGGACAUGGGGCCUCAUGGGGAUCAACGUGCUGCUCUUCCUGAUGCUGCAGUUCGUCGCCGAGCCGUGGAAGCGGAACCGCCUGAUGCGCGGGAUCGCCGCGGAGGAGAAGCGCGCCCUAGAGGAGGUCCGGAAGGAGCUGGCUGAUGUGAGGGACGCGUUGGCGGCGACGCAAGUGGCCGAGACUCCGCAGAGCGUCCCGGUAGCUGUGCCGGAUGUUGGCCCCGGGGCCGCAGAUGCGGUAGCAAAUGCUGGAAAAGGGGUUCUCCAGGCGGAACAACCCAGCCGGCAAUCAUGGAAGGAACUCUUGUUAGCACCAGAAAGAUGGCAACCUGCUUUGUUAGAUCUGUACAGCGAUAGAAGGAUAGACCUGCGGAUGCGAGAUGCAUCACUGAUUGCCAUUGAAGGGGCAAUCAGCGGAGCGGCGGUCAUGGCUGCGAUAGGCGUGCUACUGCUACGACGGUCAUGA